AUGCAGCUUAAGGUGUCAUGUCGACCCCAAAGCUCCGGCAAGACUUGUGCUUGCCACUCUGCUGUCUGUCCCAACUUUUCAGCGAUCAACGGCCAGAAAUCUCCGGGCCGGCAUCUGGCGGGCAGGGUGGGCGACUUUGAAGGCCAGCUCAACUAUUACCUGCCAAAAACUUGUAGGACCCACCCGGAGCGAGUCAGCCUUGCGACUCGUCCACUCGAUUUUCCUCUCUCAACCGCAGGCUUGCCUGGUGUGCUCCUCGAUUUCUACGAAAAGCCUGCCUUCUACGAUCCUCUCCUCCGCAGCAUCGCUUGCUGGAACCCCCACCUCGUGGACGAACCCGAGACUGAAAUCAUCCCCCCUAUAAAUUGCCCCCUUAAACAAGAUAGCGCGGGGUACGACAAAAGCACUCAUAUAGUGCCGUUUGACGAGUCGUGCUCGCACAGGGGGGACUUCAACAGACGCAAGGCGGCCGCGCUGCAGAUGAUGCGGCUGGAGGAUGUGUUUGAUCAUGGGUUUGCUCUCAAACGCACACACCUGUUCCCGGCCACGUACGACACGGGUCACAUGGUGCACGAGCUGCCAGCGGUGUUCAGCUGGGCGCACCGUCCCGCCAGCAACUUCUUCCAUUUACUCGUGGAGCUUGUUCCGCUCUUCCUCGUCGCCGCGCCCCUCAUGCCCUCCACGCUGCGACACCAGCCCGUGCUCGUCAGGCGUCACCAGCCUAUCUAUCAAGAAUGCCACACUCCCAGCCCGUCUCUCUGGCAAAUGAUGCGGCGCCGCCAUCUGUUGCACCCGUCCGGCAUCCCUCUCUUCAACCUUGACUGGACUUACCACAGCCACCGCCCUCUCUCCCUUGCUGAAGCGCGCUCCUUCCCCUCCGACUGGGUGGUCGUGCUGGCAAAGCGGCUGAAAGGGAAGAAACGGGCGGUGGUGAAUUUUGAAGAGGUGGAGGAGGAGGUGGUGCGGCCGUUUGGGAGCAAGAGAGUGGUGCUGCACACUGGGUCGAUGCCGAUUCUGGAAGGUGGGUUUUACUAA